GCUCAAUUAAGUCUGACAAGGAUUGGCUCAAAGUACAUCUGGGCGAUAGCAACAUGGCAACAACGAUACCUAACUACUCGUACUUCUUUGGCCUGAUGGGCGCUGCAACCUCUCUAGUUUUCUCUUGCCUUGGGUCGGCAUACGGAACCUGCAAGUCUGGCGUGGGUGUCGUCUCUGUGGGCGUGAUGAGACCCGACUUAGUCAUGAAGGCAAUCAUCCCGUGCGUCAUGGCUGGUAUCAUCGGUCUCUACGGACUUGUCGUUGCCAUCUACAUAGCAUUUAACAUCAAUCCAACUGAAUACAGCGCCUUCAAAGGAUUCUCCCACCUCGCCGCAGGGCUAUCUGUAGGGCUUUCCGGAUUGGGUGCAGGCAUGUCUAUUGGCAUUGUGGGAGACGCCGGGGUGAGAGCGUACUCUCAACAGCCAAAACUGUUCAUCGCCCUGAUGUUAAUCCUGAUUUUCUCCGAGGCAUUGGGACUCUAUGGACUUAUUGUAGGCAUCGUUCUAGUAAUCAAAAGCUAACCGACAACCAUCACGUAAACAUACAUUUCACACACUUAAUAUAGCCUGUGUAUAUCGU